CUUGUCACAAUCGACUUCCGCUGAAUUGUCAAAUGCCCCUUGGUUUUCCUUUUCAUUUCUUUUUCUCGUAGAAAUGCCACCUAAAAAGCCAACCGAGAAAUCCGCAAAGCCUGGCGACAAGAAGCCAGAGGCGAAGAAGCCUGCCGCAGCCGCCCCAGCUGCUGCUGCUGCCAAGAAGGAGGCUCCAGCUGCUGCCAAGCCAGCCGCUGCUGCACCCAAGAAGGCAGCUGCUGCUCCCGCUAAGAAGCCUGCUGCCGCUGCUGCUGCUAAGAAGCCAGCUGCUGCUGCUGCCAAGAAGCCCGCAGCUGUGAAGAAGACCGCAACCAAGGCUAAGCCAAAGGCCAAGGAUGCCAAGAAGAAGGUUGCCGCUGGCAAGAAGCCCCAGUCCGUGCUCUCCAAGCUGUCGGCUAAGGCUCGCGCUGCUGCCAAGGGCAAGAAGCCUGUCCUGAAGACUGGUGCCAAGCUUACCAAGGGUACCGCUAAGGCCAAGGCUGUUGCCUUGUUGAACGCCAAGAAAGUUCAAACCAAGAUCAUCAAGGGCGCUUUCGGUACACGCACCCGCAAGAUCCGCACCAACGUGCACUUCCGUCGUCCCACGACACUGAAGCUGCCACGUAAUCCUAAAUUCCCAAGGAAGUCGGUGCCCACCAGGAACCGCAUGGAUGCGUAUAACAUCAUCAAAUACCCGCUCACCACGGAAGCAGCCAUGAAGAAGAUCGAGGACAACAACACCCUGGUCUUCCUCACACACCUGCGCGCCAACAAGAACCAUGUGCGUGCCGCGGUGCGUAAGCUCUACGACAUCAAGGUGGCCAAGGUGAACAUUCUGAUCAGACCCGAUGGUCAGAAGAAGGCUUAUGUGCGCCUGGCGCGUGACUACGAUGCUCUAGAUAUCGCCAACAAGAUCGGCAUCAUAUAAACAUGCAUAGUGGAAACGAACAUCGCGUUUUACAUUUAAACAAUAGAAUUUUUCUAUAAAUAUUAACUAAGCUGACACGAUAGAGCGAGGAUGAACGUUUCAAUGUUGUCUGGGUAUAAUAAAAAAAACCACACAAAAUCAAAAAA